CUAUAAUAUGUCCUACGCAUCCGUUGUUGCUCACGAUGCUCCUCCCUCGUCUGAGCAGCCUCGUCCUGAUCCUGCGCUCCUCACGACCGAGCGCUCCGCUGCAAGUAAUGUUGUUGAUGACACUUCUAAAGUGAACGUCGUUUCCAGCGAUUUUAAAGAGAACCUUGCGACAUACACAUCCGAAACAUAUGUUCCAGAAGACGUCGAUGAUGAUCUCGUCGACCCAGGCAGGAAACCGGUGAAAGGUAAAAAGAAUAGGCGCUUUCAGGAGGCUCAGGCGGAAGGCAUUUAUCUGUGGGAGGUCACAAAACACUAUUUGAAUAUCGGCCUUCUGUCUAGCGUGGGCUACGGAUUCUACACAAAACCCAGUCUUCGUCGGAAUCUCACUGCCAUCAGCUCGGCAGCGGCAGGAGCACUGCUAUUGAUCGGGACUGAAGGCUACGCAGCAGAGAAGUAUCGACAGACCCCUAUCGGCCGCCAGGAAGAACGACGCGCGCGUGAGGAGGGUACUCUCAUCUACAUGCAGCUUCGAGAACAUGUCUUCCGUCCAGGUGUCUUGGGCGGUUUGGUCGGACUAGUAAACACGGCGAUCCUUGGAGCAGUGGGAUACUAUAGCUAUUCCAACUGGCACAAACCUAAGUGGAACCGGGAUGUCGUCACCGCUGUUGCAUUCGGCCUGCUCACGCUUUGGGGUGGCGAAGGAUAUCUUGCAGAGCGCUAUCGUGCAGAACGGCGGAGACAGUGAUGUCAAUAGGCUUUAUUUGCAGUUUGGAAGAACACUUGUACACUAUGUCAGCU